ACAAGCCAAUUCAUGCCACGUCUCACUGUUGUUUUCUAAAUUCUGUGGCAACAGAGACAGGCUUCCACUGAAAAGAGAGAGGAAUGAAGAGCCUUCUGCUUCUCUUUUUGCUCUGUGUAACGUUUUCCUCCGCGUUUCCUACAGCCCGAAAGGUGGACCCUGAGGAAAACAUGCACCUGGCACAGGCAUAUCUCAACCAGUUCUACUCUCUUGAAAUAGAAGGGAGUCAUCUUGUUCAAAGCAAGAACAGGACUCUCAUAGAUGGCAAAAUUCGGGAAAUGCAAGCAUUUUUUGGAUUGACAGUGACUGGACAGCUGGACUCAAACACUCUUGCAAUCAUGACGACACCCAGAUGUGGCGUGCCUGAUGUGGGUCAGUAUGGCUACACUCUCCCGGGGUGGAGGAGACACAACCUCACAUACAGAAUCGUAAACUACACUCCAGAUAUGUCACGAGCAGACGUGGACGAGGCUAUCAGGAAUGGCCUAGAAGUGUGGAGCAGGGUUACUCCACUAACAUUCACCAAGACUUCCAGGGGGAUUGCAGACAUCAUGAUUGCCUUUAGGACCCGAGUCCACGGUCGGUGUCCUCGUUACUUCGACGGCCCCUUGGGGGUCCUCGGCCACGCCUUCCCUCCCGGGCUGGGUCUGGGUGGAGACACUCACUUUGAUGAGGAUGAAAACUGGACCAAGGAUGCAGCAGGAUUCAACUUAUUUCUUGUGGCGGCUCAUGAAUUUGGCCACGCACUGGGGCUCUCGCACUCCAAUGAUCAGACAGCUUUGAUGUUCCCAAAUUAUGUCUCCCUGGAUCCUAACAAAUACCCGCUUUCUCAGGAUGAUAUCAACGGAAUCCAAUCCAUCUAUGGGAGUCUACCUAAGGCAUCUGCUAAGCCAAAGGGACCCACUGUCCCCCAUGCCUGUGACCCUGAUUUGACUUUUGAUGCUAUCACCACUUUGCGCAGAGAAGUAAUGUUCUUUAAAGGCAGGCACGUAUGGAGGAUCUACUACGACAUCACUGACGUUGAAUUUGAACUAAUCUCUUCGUUCUGGCCAUUGCUGCCAACGGAUAUUCAAGCUGCAUAUGAGAACCCCAAAGAUAAGAUUCUAGUUUUUAAAGAUGACAACUUCUGGAUGAUCAGAGGAUAUGCAGUCUUGCCAGAUUAUCCCAAAUCGAUCCAUACACUUGGCUUCCCAAGACAUGUGAAGAAAAUCGAUGCGGCUGUCUGUGACCACAGCCUAAGAAAAACCUACUUCUUUGUGGGCAUCUGGUGCUGGAGGUUUGAUGAAGCAACCCAAACCAUGGACAAAGGGUACCCACGGAGGGUGGUGAAGUACUUCCCAGGAAUUGGUCUCCGAGUUGAUGCCGCCUUCCAGUAUAAAGGAUUCUUCUAUUUCUUCCGUGGAUCAAAGCAGUUUGAAUAUGACCCUAAGGCAAAGAACAUUACCAGAAUGAUGAAAACCAAUACUUGGUUUCAGUGCAAAGAACCAUUAAACUCAUCAUCUGAUUUUAGUGUCAGUGAGGAAGACGUACCCUCCGGAGGAGUAGAGAUGUUUUAUCGUACGAAUGUAAACUUGCUUAUUUUCAGUAUUGUUCAUGUGCUAAAAAUAUAUAUAUAGUUAUCAAUAAAUUCACAGACCUAAAAUAAACCUCAAGAGGUCUUUUCGUCUGAACUCCGCUUCACAGUGGAAUAGAACUGUUGUUGAAUGUAAGCUGCCCAACCUGGUUCUAAAUACCUAUUGCAUAAAGACUCAACACAUACUUUGAGCUGCCUGACUCUUUUUACGGGAAGUUAUGAUGUAUAAGCAAAACUCGCACUGUAUCGUAAGCCUACUUUGCGUUUGUGGACUUGGAUAAGUAAGCCAUGUGUCUUAUAAUAACUAAAUACUGCAGACAUUUAUUAAACCAGUCUUUAGCAUCCUA